CCAUCUUGCACAAUCUCUUGAGCAGAAGUGUUAUGGAGGCGAAAUGUGCCUGCAAAGGCGUGAGAACCUGUCUCUUUUGUGAAAACUUCAGGGCACCUAGCAAACACGCGAUUUCAAAAUCUAAAGUACGACAUCCUUUUGUAUUUUGCCCUCUAUGUGAACUCUGUUGGCCAGGAUGGAGAGAGAACCCGACCACCGGGCUCGAUGGAGUACCACUGCGAGUGCCGGGGAUCGCGGUGUACGAAGAUUUCCUCACACCCGAAGAAGAAAAGGACCUCGUAGAAGACAUCGACCGUGGAACCUGGGUCAUGUCUCAGUCUGGAAGACGCAAGCAAGACUACGGGCCCAAAGUGAAUUUUAAAAAGAAGAAGGUGAAAGCAGAUGGCUUCAAAGGAUUGCCCAGAUACUUCACCCAUUUGGAAGACAAGAUGCUUCAAACACGCUGCAUAUCAGACUUUAGAGCUGUUGAAUUGUGCAAUUUAGACUACGAGCCCGAUAGAGGAUCGUGUAUUGACCCACACUACGAUGACUGGUGGCUGUGGGGAUCCAGAUUAGUGACCUUCAACUUGCUUUCAGACACGGUGCUCACAUUGUCGAAGUCUGAAGAACAUUGGAAGCUGGCGAAUGAAAAUUUGAUUGUUGAAAGUGAUACGAUAUUUAAUGAUGCAGAGCAAGAAGUUUGCGAACGUACCGCUCAUUCCGCGAACUGUGAUCAGUGGAGUAAGGAAUACAAAGAUAGGGUUUCAGUCACAAAUCCACCGCGGUUAUCGGUGGUACAGAUUGUCUUGCCGCGCAGAUCCAUGCUUGUCUUGUGGGAUGAUGCAAGAUACAAAUGGCAUCACUCGAUUUUACGGGAAGAUGUGGAAAAGAGGCGAAUGGCGCUCACAGUGAGAGAACUUUCUGAAGAGUUUUUAGAGGAUGGGGCAUCGUACGGGGACGUGGGGGCAGAGUUACUGAGCAUCGCCAAGAUGCGCGUGUGACGUGCAUUAUUUAGGGCAAGGACACAGGGAAGAUUUUGUGGAAAAGUUAGGUCGUGCGUGUUUCAAGGCUGAUUUCUCCUCUGUUUGGCCUCCUAACUCAUCUUGUUUUUUGUCCUUGAUACAAGUCAGUUAGUCUUCAGUUCUUCUGUCGAUAGAAUUUGUACUGAUCUGGACGUUAACUACGGUCAUUCGACAAGUGUUUUAUUACAGCACAUUUCGUGAAUUGUUAUAACCAGUGUGAUAUUCAAGAAAAAUUCUUCCACUUGUG